UCAAAACUUUCUCUUAAUAAUGUGGCACAUACUAAGCAAGCCCAGAGAAUUUGCUCCUGAUUGAUUCUGAUUUUAUAAACUGUUGAACACAAAAUGGCUUUUUUUUUGCUGCAGAGUCACCAUUUUUAUUUAUGGUGCUUCCUAGAGGCGGUAGACGACAACACAUUUCAAUGCAGACAAGAGAUGAAACUUGGGAGGUUACUCUGUCAAUUGGUAUAUGUUACAUACUUCUCGGAUAAUAACAUAAUUACGGUAAUUUAAAAUGGUAGCAUUCAUCUUGGAAGACCCUGAAGUAAUAGCUAGUUUAUUUGAAAGUUUUUUAGUCGUGUACAGUACAUUAGCAAGAAGCUUUGUUUUAAGUUUAAAGAAUUGAUGUAUUCCAAUGUUAUUUCAUAAAAUGCAUUAAUUAAACAGCUUCUGGCAAUCACGAUGCAGUAUGGAUGACUCAUCUCAACGAUAUUGAGAAGAGAAAAGAAUAUUCGAAAGCUAUGUUUCAACUCGCAACUACUGCUUGGUUAGAAAAGAAUACGAGGAUAACUUGGUGUCAUCAGACUUGCAUUGAUUAUUUUUGUGGAGGGAAACUAAAGAGGUUAUUGGAGAAAUCAAACUUGUGUAAUGAUAAAGCAGAUAAUAAUUGUAUUAAUAAAAAGAUAAUUUUGCCACUUGUUGGGAAGGUAAAACUAUUAGAUGUCGGCAGUUGUUAUAAUCCAUUUUCUGUUUAUCCUGAAUAUCAAUGCACAGCAAUUGAUCUCACACCUGCUGUAGAGAAUGUGUUACAAUGUGAUUUUCUUCAGCUAAAAAUUUCGUCUCAACCAAAAGUCUCAAAUUUGUUGCAGUCGGAGGCAUUGACAGAACUUAGCGAGUGUACGUUUGACGUUGUUGUAUUUUCGUUAGUUUUAGAAUAUUUACCGGCACCGAAACAAAGAUUUGUGUUUUGUCAAAAAGCAUGGAAACUCUUGAAAUAUGACGGAUUAUUGCUCAUAGUGACUCCAGAUUCUAAAAAACAACAUUGUAAUGCUCCCAUGAUGAAAAAAUGGAGAUUGGCAUUGGAACAUAUUGGAUUUCAGAGGAUAGCUUACGAAAAACAGAGACACAUGCAUUGCAUGGCCUUUCGAAAGUUAUUUGUCGAGUCGAAUGAUAAAACGGAUGAUGAUAUUAUACAACUUCUUAGCAUUCCUCAAGAUUUUCAUCAUUAUGAAGAUGACAGUUUACAUGAAGAACAGAGAGAAAGAACUGAAGAAGAGAAUGAAAAUAUCCAAAUUUGUUUUACCGAAUUGCCUGCUUUUAUAGGAUGAUACAAAUAUUUUGAAGAUAUUUGAGGCUUGUAUAUAUUUGUAAACGGUAACAUUUUCAUAUAUUUUAAAUUUUAAUCUAUAGUUUUAACC